AACUUGUACUGAUUAGUUGAUUAAUCAACAACCACCGCCCCACCUCUACCAACAACAGCCGCAAUGGUAACAUUCUCAUUUCAUCUUACCUAACGCCAUUCAUGUGUUGGACAGAAAUCCUCAACGAACACUUCAAAUCCCAAUAUAACUUUUGCAUUGCGUGCUUUUUAUUUUGAGAAAAUUCGAACGUGUUUGUAUACGUUCUGUGUUUUAAUGAUGGCUUUAAAUUGUGUUGCUAUGUUGAGCUUGGGAGAUUCUGGCUGUAAACCAUCUGGGUUUGUUUUAAAUCGGAUCCAGAAGUUUCAUACAAAUUCCACGCACAAAUGGCUGCGUUUUGGCGCGUUUUUGGGUUUGUCGGGUCACAGGACUAUAAGGUCUGUUGAAGGUGAGAACCUGGGAAAAGCUACCACAGAGGAUGAUGUUUCUAGAAAACUGUACAAGGAUUCCAGUUCGUUGCCAAAACCGUUAUCUGUAGCCGAUCUUACUGUGACUCCCAACAAUAAUAAAAAAGUGCGAAUUUCAUUUAAGGGUUUACCAGGUUCAUACGGUGAGGAAGCUGCUAUUAAAUCUUACCCAAAAUGUGAAACUGUACCCUGUAAUGAAUUUGAAGAUGCAUUUAAGGCUGUUGAACUGUGGCUUGCUGAUAAAGCAGUUCUUCCAAUUGAGACUUCAUUCGGUGGAAGCAUCCAUCGCAACUAUGAUUUACUCCUUCGUCACCGACUCCACAUUGUUGGCGAAGUUCAGUUGUUUGUUAAUCUCUGCUUGCUAGCUCUGCCUGGCAUCAGAACAGAGCAGUUAAAACGUGUUUUAAGCCAUCCACAGAUGCUUGAUACAAGUGAUGUAUUCCUAGGUAAGUUAGGAGUUGCCAGAGAAAAUGUUGAUGAUACGGCUGGUGCUGCUCAGUAUGUAGCGUCAAAUGGCCUGAGAGAUGCUGGUGUUAUUGCAAGUGCUCGAGCUGCAGAAAUAUAUGGGCUCAAUAUACUGGCAGAUAAAAUCCAGGAUGACCCUGAUUUUGUUACUCGUUUCCUUGUACUUGCAAGGGAUCCAAUAAUUCCAAGGACUGAUAAGCCCUUUAAGACAAGCAUUGUGUUUGCUUUAGACGAAGGCCCUGGAGUGUUGUUUAAAGCCUUGGCAGUGUUUGCAUUGAGGGACAUAAAUUUAACAAAGAUUGAAAGUCGGCCACAAAGAAAGCGACCAUUGAGGCUAGUUGAUGACUCUAACAAUGGGAGUGCCAAGUACUUUGACUACCUAUUCUUUAUUGAUUUUGAGGCUUCAAUGGCUGAGCCCCGUGCACAAAGUGCUUUAGGACAUCUGCAGGAAUUUGCUACAUUUCUUUGUGUGCUUGGUUGUUACCCAACAGAUACAACUUCAUAGCUGUAGUCACCUCUGCAUUUCCCCUCUAUACAUUUUCCAUUGUGUAAAUCAAAACUUCAGUGUGGGUGGAUUGAUGCCAAAUCAUAGAGUUACCGUUUCAAGCCUUUUAAAUUCUGGACAAGUGAAGGAUGGUGAUUUUGUUGUGUAUAAUGGACGACUUCUAGGAGCAGUUGUUAAGAUAUUAUUUAAUUACAGUCAAGGAGCAUAACAAUAAGUUGGAGUUUUUAGA